AUGGCCCCUCCCAUCCUCCACCGCGUAAUCCACGGCCACUCCACCCCCGAGCCAUGGCAAAAGGCUCUUUUAACAGUCAAGCCUGCAAUCCUGCAUGGAUACCGACGACAUAGAGUUCGUGAUGGCGAGGCAUCUGUGCUAGGCACAGUAGUGUGGGGAUUGACAGAUGGGGACAUGUAUCGAUUGGAUCGGUUCGAGGGGAGUGAGUAUGAGAAGAGGGUGGCUAGGGUGAGGGUUUUAGAGAACCAUCAUCAUGAUGAGGGUGAUAAUGGGAAAGCAGGGGAUAUACAAGAGGUUUUGGAUGCAGCGGAGACAGAGGGCAGCGAGACAAAGGAGGGGAAAGAAGUAGAGGCCGUGACCUAUGUGUGGACUGCUGGUAAGGAGCGUUUAGAGGAUGCCGAGUGGGACUUUGAAGCCUUCAAGCGGGAUAAGAUGGCGUGGUGGGUGGAGGCGGAUGAGAAGGAUUGGUAG